AUGGCGUCCCCUUCUCCACAGGUCCCACCACCCCAAUCAGGGUCUGUUCCUACCGCCCAACAAAGGGCCAACUUCAGUUAUAUGGCCCUCAGCUCUCUCGUUCUCGUGAGCUGGGAAAUCAUUUUACACUUACCUCAGGACUUCAAGUACCUCCGGACUCACGGAUGGUGGAAGCGGCCCAUCCUCUGGGCAUAUUUCUUACAGCGUUACGGUGCCUUCAUCGUCAACAUGGCGCAAGUCAAUAUCCGACUCGGGUGCGCCGCCUCCGGAUCACUCAGCCUCAUCUUGUCCACGGAUGUUGUGCUUGCACAACAUCCACCCAUUUCGCUUAUUUAUCUCUACCGUGUCCUGGCUAUCUGGAAUAAGAGGCCAUCUGUGAAAUACACACUCAUCGUCCUUUGGGUCGUGUGCUUGGGAGCCUCCCUCACUGCGCCUUUCUCACAGGAUGCUGGAAACCUUCCUGGAGGAGGUUGCACAGUUCUCCGAAGCGAGAAAUGGGCACCAACCUCCUUCAUCGGAAACGCCGUUUUCGACACCUUCGUGUUGACGGUUUACAAACUAGGUACCAGCAUCAUGAUCGCCUUCAGUCUCCGAUGCGGCGUCUCUGACAUUCCCGCUUUUUACGCAGCUGCCAAUCGCCACCAGUACAAGAAUUUCCGAUCGCCCAUACAGACCACAUUGCUUCGAGACGGUGUUCUCUAUUUCGCUGUGGUCGUUAUCAUCGGGAUUGUCGACAUCUUCUUCUUGACGACCGCAAAGAAUCCCGUCGUUUCAUCGACUGUCAUCCCGCUUCACAUAGCACUCACUUCCGUCAUGACAACGCGAUUGGUUAACAAUAUUGUCCACGUCGUUCGCGAGGGAACAAUGCCCGAGUUCCUCUCGCAAACGCGAAACGGCAGUGUCGGUUCAACGUUCAAGGGCUCUGGAGCAACUCCCACCGCAACUUCCACCUCGACUAGGACGGUCAUCUUCAUUGGAAGCGACGUUGGAACUGACUACUUCAAUAAAGCCACGAGUGAAAACUACAACGAUGACGCAUUGAAACAUUCACUCUCGACCCAUAAAGGCGUAUUCCAACCUGGCCAAGCGUUUUCAACGCCUUUGCAGCUGAGGGUGACAACAGAGGUUGAAUCUAAGGUCUGA